AUGGGAGGCAGCAGAAAAUCACGCAACGCCGCGGUCGCACCGAUCUUCCGGCAAAAGGCCGAGAAGGCCCAGGCGCCACCUUUAGAGCACUCCCCAUCAGACUCCGACUCAGAAAUGAGCAGCCAGGCAGCCUCGGACCGGGCAGAGGCUCCACUAACCCGGCGGGACAUGAAGGGGUUCCUCGCUGACAUCCGGAAAUCGGUCGCGGAGGAGCUGGACAAGAAGCUGGGCCCGAUCAUGGAGGGAAUGGCGGACCUGUCAGCCCGCACACAAGCCACGGAAACCAAAAUGGCGGAGGCUAUGGAGACUGUGCAGGCGCAUGGCGGGGAGCUGCAGGCACUCCGUGAACAGCUGCGUUCCCUGGAAGAAUCUAACGAAGACCUCAACAAUAGAAGCAGAAGAAAUAACAUAAGGGUGAGAGGCAUACCGGAGACUGUUUCCACCGAGCUCCUGACUGACACCCUCACCGAAGCAUUCCGGAACCUCCUGCCUGAAGCCUCCAAUGCGGACCUGCUAAUGGAUCGCGCACACAGGGCGCUGAGGGCCCCUAGCAACAACGCAACCACCCCAAGAGAUGUGAUCGUGCGGCUACAUUUCUUCCACGUAAAAGAGCGCAUCAUGAGAGCUGCCAGAGAGACCCCCAUAGAGGUGGAAGGCGUCCAGGUCCAGCUAUAUCAGGACCUGGCGCCGACCACCCUGAAAAGACGACGGGACCUGCGCCCCCUCACGCACCACCUCACCCAGCAAGGCCUCAGGUAUGCUUGGGGCCACCCAUUCAAGCUUAUUGUCCGCAGGGAGGGAAGGUUCCACGCCAUCUCACGCGCCGAGGAAGUCCCAGCCUUCCUGGAUCUCUUGGGUCUGCCACAACUCCCAGAACCUCUCCACCCGGCCUCAGCCCUCCCAGCACCAGCACCAGCACCAGCAACCAGCCGCAACUUACCGCAUAGCUGCAGGGACGGUCUGCAGAGUCAUGCAGAGCUGCGGAGGCCCGAUGCCGCACGCAACUAG